UGUCCUCUGUCUAGAGACUCUACGCGAGGAGGAAGGGGGGAAGGUGUGACCGUUAGCUCGAAGGCGACCGUUAACUUUUACAGCUCCUCCCUGGAACAUUUACGAACCGUCAGAUAGCAACCAGCUAACGCUAACGCUGCCGAGGGAGCUCACCUGGGCACCGCUGCGGCCAGGUCGCGGAAUAAAUCAAAAGAGCUAACGAUUUUUUAUUUUAUUUUUUACUUUUAUAAAACGCACGCAGUGUAACGUUGAUGAGGAGAAGACGCAGCUGUCGCCGACGCGGAAGUCUUCGAAGAACGACGAAGUCCUUUGCCUCCCCUCCUGAAACUGGAUAUUCAGCGUCCGACAAUGGAUUUUCACCAAUAACCUUUCCUCAGUUCACAGUGAUCAUAAAUUUGACUCGCUGUUUACCUCGGCAUCGUGUUUCCUCGUCAUGGGAUGACCGGUUAGUGAAAACGGUGGCUGUCGGUAUUCUUGCUUAAAUGACUGUCGCGGUGGGACUAUCCUAAACUAGAAAACACCAGCUUCCACAGUUGCCCCUUUUUACAGUUUCACAUCAGUGCAGCCACACAGCAAUGGGCUUCUUUUUACCUGUGGUAAAGACUUUGCGGAGGUGGAAAUAUUUUCUCGUGCUCUUUGUCUCGCUGUCCGUGCUGGCAUGGAUCGCAACUUUUUCAGGCGAAACAGUGAAAUCCGCUCCGGCGUUCCCCGCCUCACCACAGACUUUUGUCAAAGCCGACAUUGUGAAGCAUGGACUUAACACGGCGCCACCCGAUCGAUUAACGACUCCGCUGCAAGAAGUCGAAUGCCCUCAGGAGUCACCGUUGCUACAGGGAGCGGUGAAGCUGUCCUUUGAAUCCUCUCUGACACUGAAGGACGUGGAGGGUGAAAACAAAGGAGUGACUGAAGGCGAGUACAAGCCCUCAGACUGCACGGCGAGGCAGAGCGUGGCGGUCCUCAUCCCUCAUCGCAGCAGAGAGAGACACCUCCUCUACCUCUUGAACCACCUGCAUCCCUUUCUGCAGAGGCAGCAGCUACACUACGCCAUUUAUGUUAUCCAGCAGGCUGGCGAUGCAACUUUUAACCGUGCCAAGCUACUCAACGUUGGGUAUUUGGAGGCCCUGAAGGACUACAGUUGGGACUGUUUCAUCUUCCAUGAUGUCGACCUGGUACCCGAAAAUGAUCAUAAUUUAUAUGUCUGCGACAAGCAGCCCAAACACCUGGUGGUCGGCAGGAAUGCCACAGGAUACAAGCUGCGCUACAAAGGCUACUUUGGAGGAGUCACAGCUAUGACCAGAGACCAGUUUCAUCGAGUGAACGGAUUCUCGAACACGUACUGGGGUUGGGGCGGAGAAGACGAUGACCUCCGCAUCAGAGUUGAGCUGCAGAAAAUGAAGAUUGUGCGCCCGCCCGCCGACAUCGCUCGCUACACAAUGGUGUUUCACAAACGGGACAGUGGCAACGAAAUAAACAAAGACAGGAUGAGGUUGUUGGGACGAACAGCCCUGGUAUGGAAAAAGGACGGACUGAACAGCUGCUCAUAUGAGACUGUGCUGCUGGAGAGGCAGCCUCUUUAUGUGAAUGUCACUGUGGACAUCGGUAAGCCACAGAACUGACAUAAAAAAUAGGACCAAGAAACACUUUAUAAUACACGUCUUUUGGCAACAGUAUCCUUGAACCGCUGUCCUUCACAUAUUCAUGAACUUUAUUCUAACUUUCCCUCUGUUGAGCCAUCACACUGAUUUUGGGUCAGAGUGACAGGGUGUCUAGAUCUAUUUUUCAAAAAACAAGUUUUCUAGGUUGUUGCUGGUUGGUUCCUUUCAUGUUAACAUUCUAUACGUUUAUGAUUGUUUACUUCUGGUUUUCUCCUGUGGGUUGAAAAUUGUAUGGUAAUCUUGUUGCAUCAAACAUUCCACUGACAUUUAUUUUAAAUUCAUACUUAAUAAAUAUGAAUGUAUGACAUGCAAAGAGAUGACCUACUAACUCUGGAUGAUAUUUGUUUUAAGUCUUUACAUGGUAUUAUGGAAUGAUUUGUCUGGUUGAUCUUAGAACACAGACCAUUACAUCUAAUGAGAUUUUUUUUCCGUUAGAACACAUAAUAAAUAUUUUUAUUAUAAAUUGUAUUCUGGUCUCUAUAAAUGCAGGGGCUAGAAUCUACAGUUGUUGCACUACAACUUUAGUUUAUUUGAUAACAUGCCUUUGAAUAUAUAACAAUGUAUAUAUUUCUGACUGGAUGGUUUUUGGAUUAAAAAGCCUCUCCUUG